AUGGUGUCAAAAAUGUUGCAACCUACGGAUAUUGUAAUUGCAAAAGUAAAAGGUUAUCCACCAUGGCCAGCGAUGGUUAUACCGUUUGAGAUAAUACCUCAGCAAAUUCUUACGAAAAAUAGAUCCAAGCUUCCAGAUGAAUCAGACCAAGAUUCAGAUAGUGCUGAGAAUAUUGAAUAUUCACCUGUGCUUACUUUUAAGAAAUUUACUCGUGAGUUAACCAAUUAUUGCGUGAAGUUUUUUCAUGAUGAUUCCUACAUUUGGUUAAACCCACGUAAUUUGCAUGAGUUGACACUACCACAGAUCGAGGCUUUCUUAUCUAAAGUUAACAGUAAGACUUCGAAAAAUUUGGUCCAUGCCUAUGAAAUGGCUAAACAAGGUUUGACUACCGGUAUUGACGUGUGGGAGUUUGUGGAGUAUGGAUCCAGUGGGAAACCAGAUGAUGAUGACUACACAGAAGGCGAAAAUGACGAAGACGAAGAUGAUUACGUGGAAAAUGUUGACUCUGAGGGAAGUUCGAAGAGGAGACCAACUCGAAGCAGUUCUAGGACGAAGGCAAAGAAGCCGAAACCAGCCCCAAGAAGGUCAACAAGAUCUAAUACGAAAACAACAGAUGAUGAUAAAAAUAAGGAUAAACAUAGAGACACAGAUAUUAUUGAUGAGAGUGACAUCUCGGAAGACCUGGAUGAAGAAAGCCCCUCAGUACCAAAGUCAAGGUCAAAGGUCACAACCAAAGGUAAGGCCAAAGCUGCAACGAAAAAAAGUACUAAAGCUGUCCUACCAAAAGCAAAAACUAAGCCAGUUAUAUAUCAUUACGAAGAUGAUGUCGAUUGGAAGAUUGUGGGGUUAGGGCCCCAGGACUUAGAAUUAGAUUCCCACCCACCUUUUGCGACAAAGCUAAUUACCAAAAAAAAUCUUGAGAUCCAUAAUGAUUUGAAAUUAGAGUUGAAAGACAGAUUGUCUGCUGCUAACAAAAUGCUUAUAGAAUAUAUUUUGGAUAAAAACGAUGAUCCAGACUUAAUUCAUUUAAUUUCGGAUGAACUAGCCAUGUGUCUCUCUUUGAAAGGAAAGCAUAACGAAUUAUGGACAAUGUUUUUAUCAAAUCCAGAGUUCCUAUUAAACUAUCGGGUUCUUCUCAAUUUGAAAAAGCAAGCUCUUCAAGAAUCAAAUGUUUUGGGUAAGUUUUUGGAAGCAUACGAAGAAAUUUUUGAUCAUCCAUUCCAAUUUGAUACUUCAUCAUGGUCUUCAGAUGCACAGAUAAUCAAACCAGAGCCUGAUAAAAAUGAGCCCAAUCCAGAGUCACCCCAAGUCACUGCAGCUGGGUAG